CGCCCGCACCCCGCCGGCCGCUCGCACCGGGCGCCAUGUUCGCCGUGAAACCGAAAGCCGUCAUCGGCUUCAACCUCUACUGCGGCGGCUCCCCGGCGCUGGGUGCCGGCGGGCCGGGGGAGCGCCCGGAGCCCGCGGCCGCCGCCGCCGCCGCCGCGGAGCCGCCCCGGGAGCGCCCCGGGGCCGCCGCCGGCCGCGCCGACCCCCCCCGCGCGCUGAUUGGCCGAGGCGCGGCGCCCCGCGCGCUGAUUGGCUGCGGCGCGACUCUCUGGCGCCCCGAAGAGGAGCUGGAUGGAUGCGACCCCGAGCCCGAGCGCGGCCCCGCCGCCGACUCGCUGCCCGGGACCCCGCCGGGGCCUCCGGACGGGCUCCGGCAGGACUCGCUGGAGCUCAUCAGCCGCUACCUGCGGGAGGUGGCGGGAGAGGCGCAGCCCAGCGCUAAGAAGCUUUUUCCGGGGCUCCUGGGUGGUCCCGGCCGGCCGGGCGCGGCGGGGGAUGCGGUGAUGGAGAAGGCGCUGGAGACGCUGCGGAGGGUCGGCGACGGCGUUAUGAGGAAACACGAGCUGGCCUUUCAAGGGAUGCUGAGGAAGCUGCAGAUCCAGCAGGAGGAGGACCUGCAGUGUGUGGUGGAGGUGGCUGCCCAGAUGUUCAGUGACGGUGUCACCAACUGGGGACGGGUGGUGACCCUCAUCGCCUUCGGGGCCUUCGUGGCCAAGCACCUGAAGAGCAUCCAGCAGGAGCAGAGCAUCAGCAGCCUGGCUGGGAUCAUCACAGACGCCCUGGUCUCCUCCAAGAGGGAGUGGCUGGAGAGCCAGGGGGGCUGGGAGGGCUUUGUGGACUUUUUCCGCGUGGAGGACCUGGAGGGCAGCAUCCGGAACGUUCUGAUGGCCUUCGCGGGGGUGGCCGGCCUGGGGGCCAGCCUGGCCUACAUGAUCCGGUGAGGCUGGAGCUGCCCACGGACUUCGGGAGCGUUUGGGAGGACUUGGGCAGGACUUGGGCAGGAUUUGGGCAGGAUUUGGGCUCCCUGGGGCUGCACAGCUGCCCUGCUCCCUCUGAAGCUGGACUCGAGGACGUGGAGCUGUCGCCGGAGCUGCUGAGGAGGAGGAAGGUGUGAUCCAGCCUGAUGGAUGGAUGAUGGAUGGAGGGAUGGAUGAUGGAUGAUGGAUGGAUGAUGGAUGAUGGAUGAUGGAUGGAUGGAGGAAUUGUGGCUUUUGGAGGAGUUUUUCCUCUCUGCUUCCCUCACCAGGAUGGACUUGGCUUCACUUGGACCUGAUCUCCAGCAGCUCCUCCUGGGCUGGGCUGAGCCUGGAGCAGAUGUUUUGAGGGUUGUGGGGUUUUUUUGGUUUGGUUUUUUUUUAAUUUUUUUUUUUCUGGAAAUAGCACCUUCUGCUGCCUCUGCCCUGCCCAAGCUCGUAGCUCUGUUGCUCUGGAGCAGAAGCACUGCAUGCUGGAAAUGUUGUGCCAGCCUGCACCUGCAGCCAGGUGCUGCCAGACCUGCAGCUGGAGCCCUUCCCUGCCCGUGGGGCGGGGGCUUGCAGUGACCCCCAGCCCCAUCCUGGCCCCAGACAGCCCUGGCUGCACGCCGACAGUUCAGAAAUAACAAUUUCAUCUUGUAAUUAUGUAAAAAAACAAACCCCCCACCCCAGUGGGCUGGGGAGGUGUAGAGAAGCUGUAAAUGAAUAUAAAUCUGUGGAAUAUAUACAUUUUUACAGAGCUGACGGUGCAAAGAGGAAUUCACUCUGAUGGUGGCGUCAUUCCUGGUGGGAGGGUGACAGAGGGUGACAGCAGCAGUGGCCUGGCUGUCUCCUCCUCCUCCUCUUCCUCCUCUUCCUCCUCUUCCUCCUCCUCCUCCUCUCCCCUUCCUCCUCCUCCUCCUCCAAGCCAUGAGCUGAUGGUUGAAUGUAGAACGUUCUGGAGCUGCUCCUGCCCUGCUGGGACCCCGUGGGGACCCUCCUUGUCCCCAGCUGUCCCCUGGGGCUGGGCCAGGCCCUGCUUGUGUGCAGAACAAGCUGUAGUUUGGUCAAUAAAUGUCUUUUUUUUUUUUAUUUUUAA